AGAACAUCCGUUUCUCAUCAUGCGCUCAGGAUUGAACAUGAAACUGGAAGUGAUCUCAUCCAGUGUUUCAGCGGGGACUAGCAGUGAUUCGUACACGUUUGGAACCGCUGUUGGUUGCCUAUACACUUUAUUGCAUCCAGUGGCCCAUUUGGGACAUUAUGAUGAAAUGCAUGCUUCGUUCUCUUGGAAGCCAACUGCUGAGUACUUGGAGUUUGAGUUGAGUUGUGUGAUGAAGAUAGUGAGGAUCGUUCAGUUAUAAUAAGCCUGAUUCAUGGCAUAGUAUAGGGAAUCGAACGUCACACCUUCGUUCUGGAUUAGGUGUUCAAUUUCACGUUGGACCAUCCGACAGUGUGAAGAUUCAGUUGCUGGUGCCAAUUAGGGGUUGCUUCGUUUCAUCUCUUUAACUUCUAAUUUGCGAUUCAACAAACAGAUUUUCUUAUUUUGCACUAGCUGUUGUUCGUAGACCGUUGCCGGGAUCCUUAGAAAUGCGAAAACUUGUGAAAUUAUCAAUACAUUUAUCUACAGAUCAACCGAUGCGUACAAAAAAUAUUGCACGAGCGUUAUGAUUGUUCCAAAAUUUUCUGUUAAAUGCUAGGUUAAGCAGCAAUUGCAAGAUACUAGUAUGUAAGCAGAGAUGCCAGGCAAAAUUUCUUUGUGGCUGGAGUCUCAGACUCAGAUAAGGAAGUGCAUUUGCGAUAAGAUUGUUUUUUGUCACGGGAAUCAUGGAACGGUGGGUGUGCAAUUUGUUGUCGGUGAAAAAUGGCAACGUUUAUUACUGGCUCCUUGGCCUUUGGUGCCUAAUCAUAUACGACACUUAGCUCAAGGCGUAAAUUCCUUACCGAGAAGCAUUAAAAGCCGGCGACAAUUCAAUGUAGGGUCUUUACGCGAAUUCCGUGGGAGCUCUGUAAGUCUUAAUGAGGCACGAAGCAGCUUUCAGCUCUAUCCCCGCAGCUUUGACAUCUUCUCCCGAAGCCGCAAAUUCGUAGAGGGUUUUCGUGGAAGUGCACUGCGUUCCUUGCAUGGGAGCAAUAUGAGGUUCAAUCAGCCCAAAGCCGUUCCUCUCUCGAAAUUGAAGGAUAAUUUUAUUGAUGGUACCAGUGGUAAUUUCUUGGAGGAACAUCAGCGGCAGUGGGAAGCUGAUCCUCAGAGUGUGGACGUGUCUUGGCAAAUCUUUUUCAAAAAUUUCACUGGGUCGAGUGGAGGAAAAGGGCGAGCUUCGUCUGAAGUGACUUCAGCAGGCCAUGCUACUCAGGAUGGUUUGCGGAUUGCGAUGUUAGUUAGAGCUUACCAAGUUAGUGGCCAUAUGAAAUGCAAACUAGACCCAUUGAAUUUGGAUACCAAAGCUGCACCUGCUGAGCUAGACCCUGGCAGCUACGGAUUCUCUGAAUCUGAUAUGGACCGAGAGUUCAACGUUGGUGUUGAAACAAUGGCUGGGUUAUUGGGUGGAAAUCAACCCCAGACAUUAAAAAACAUCAUUUCACGGCUGGAGAAUGUUUAUUGUGGAACCAUAGGCUACGAAUACAUGCACAUACAAGACCGGGAUAAGUGCAACUGGCUCAGAGACAAGAUUGAAAAUCAGAAUGUUUCGUACACUCCUGCUCAAUGUGCGGAGAUUUUUGACCGGUUGAUGUGGGGGACCCAUUUUGAAAGCUUUAUAGCUCAGAAGUGGACAGCAGCAAAGCGAUUUGGGCUAGAGGGAUGCGAGACUCUGAUCCCCGGAAUGAAGGAGAUGAUCGAUACUGCAGCAGAUUGUGGAGUGGAGAGUAUUGUUAUUGGGAUGCCCCACCGUGGGCGAUUGAAUGUGCUGGGAAACGUAGUACGAAAGCCACUGCGGCAUAUUUUCAGCGAGUUUAGUGGAGGCAUCAAACCGGUGGGAGAGGAUGGGAGCUACACAGGCAGUGGUGAUGUGAAGUAUCACUUGGGCACAUCUUAUGACCGGCCCACCCGGAGUGGCAAGAACAUCCAUUUGUCCUUAGUGGCCAACCCUAGCCAUUUGGAGGCUGUAGCACCGGUAGUAAUUGGCAAGACACGUGCUAAGCAGUACUACGGUCAAGACAAACAGCGGCUUAAGAAUAUGGCGGUAAUUUUGCAUGGUGAUGGCAGCUUCUCUGGCCAGGGAGUCGUGUAUGAAACCCUGCACCUGAGUGACCUCCCCAACUAUACAACGGGUGGCAGCAUCCACAUCGUUGUCAACAACCAGGUUGCCUUCACAACAGACCCCAAGUUCAGUCGCUCCUCACCUUACUGCACUGAUGUAGCGAAAGCACUGUGCGCCCCAAUAUUCCAUGUAAAUGGGGAUGAUGUGGAAGCCGUCACACGCGUUUGUGACUUGGCUGCUAAAUGGCGCUGUCACUUCCUUUCUGAUGUAGUUGUGGACAUCGUGUGCUAUCGAAGAUUUGGACAUAAUGAGAUUGAUGAGCCAUUGUUUACACAGCCUACUAUGUACCAUGUAAUAAAAAGCCAUCCAAACUCACUUGCUAUAUAUGAGAAGAAACUUAUUGAAAAUGGACUUUUAGCCAACGGCGAGAUAGAAAAAAUGAAGGCCAAAGUAAUUGGAAUAUUAAAUUCUGAAUUUGAGAGUAGCAAAAACUAUGUUCCAAAAAAACGCGAUUGGCUUGCAGCGUUUUGGGCAGGAUUCAAAGGUCCAGAACAGUUGUCAAAACUACGAAAUACAGGUGUGAAACAAGCAAUAUUGAAAGAAGUUGGAAAGAACAUCACUCUGCUUCCAGCCACAUUUAAUCCACAUAAAGCAAUCAAGCGAAUCUACGAGCAAAGAGCUCAAAUGGUCGAAAAGGGUGAAGGGGUAGAUUGGGCAACCGGUGAAGCACUUGCCUUCGGAACUCUUUUGGUAGAAGGCAACCAUGUUCGUCUCAGUGGACAAGAUGUUGAAAGAGGGACUUUUAGUCACCGCCAUGCCAAGGUCCAUGACCAGAAAAAUGGACAAGUAUAUUGCCCACUGGAUCAUGUUCUGAAAAGCCAGCCGCCUGAUUACUUCACCGUUUCGAACAGCUCUUUGUCAGAAUUUGGAGUGUUGGGAUUUGAAUUGGGGUAUUCGAUGGAAAAUCCCAACUCCUUGGUUUGUUGGGAAGCCCAGUUCGGCGACUUCUCCAAUACUGCACAAGUCAUCUUUGAUCAGUUUGUCUCUAGUGGUGAAUCCAAGUGGUUACGCCAAACUGGAUUGACUGUGUUGCUCCCACAUGGAUACGAUGGUCAAGGUCCUGAGCAUUCAAGCGCUCGUUUGGAGCGAUACCUUCAGAUGUGUGACGACAAUCCGUUCAAGUUCCCAGUAUUGGAAGCUGACUCCACGAAACAAUCUCAAGAAAUCAACUGGCAAGUUGUAAAUGUCACCACACCUGCCAACUACUUCCAUGUACUUCGUCGACAGGUUCACCGUGACUUUCGAAAGCCAAUGAUUAUUAUGUCUCCCAAAAAUUUGUUAAGACAUCAAAAAUGUCGUUCCAGUUUAUCGGAGUUUGAUGAAACAGGAGGUAAUGGUUUUCAACGUCUUAUUAGAGAUGUUGGCGGCCACAAAGAAGAAGAAGAUGGUAUUCGACGUGUAAUCUUUUGCACUGGAAAGAUCUAUUAUGAACUCGACGAAGAAAGAGAAAGAGCUGCAGCGAAGGACGUUGCAAUAUGCAGAGUUGAGCAAAUAUGCCCUUUUCCCUUUGACCUCGUACUACGAGAACUCAAGCGAUAUCCUAAGGCUGAAAUUGUGUGGUGUCAAGAGGAGCCGAUGAACAUGGGUCCAUUUCUGUUCGUGUUUCCUCGUUUAGGAGCAGCCAUGAAAUCGGCGUGCAGGGGAAAACUUGAAGACAUCAAGUAUGCAGGGAGGCCUGCGUCUGCAUCACCCGCAACAGGAUUUGGCGAUCUUCACACUAAAGAGCAGAAAGGACUAGUUGAAAGGGCAAUUCAGAAAUCGCUCCUUGCUUUGAUAGAAUUAAACGGGUAGUAUUGGUCAUCGAGUCAAUGCAGCAGACAGAGUUGUGGAAUGAAUUAGUAAGUCUGUUUUGGUCAUCUCCAACUUUGAGGAUUAAUUCCCGUUGUUGCUACAUAGAGUUGCUUGUCUUGGUUGUCGUGGCCAAAUGCAAGCAAAGUUUUGAAAAGAGAUUUUAAAAAUGAACACCUCAACCUUCCCUUUCUUAACGACGGGAAUGGGGUUGGCUCAUCAAUGUCGUCAAAA